AUGCCGCAUGAUCGUCAUCCUCUUCACCACCAACCUACCCACCCAACGAGCCUCGAUACGGGUCAGUUCGACUCUCACUUUUCUCCCGUCACCACGUUUCAGUUCCACGCAGCAGCCACACCCACAUCACCUCGAGCAUCAGCGGUGCUGCUCCGGCUGGGCAGCGCCAUCUUCCUCUCGCUCGCUGCACCGGUCGUCGUAGCCUUCGUGUGGUCUUCUUCUCGUUCAAGUGGCAGCACCGCCACAGACACUGACAACGCCCUGCCGACGUUUCCCAAUACAUUGCGACCAGUGUUUGGCAGGAAUGGAUCGGCCGAGCCCAUUUGGAAUACUGACGUGAUCACCCCAGGGGGGCGACGCCACGCCCGUCGCAUCCUCAAGCCAACCCCAGCCACACCUACCCCCAAGCGUUGCCGCUACGACGUUGUCGAUUCCGACGACAACAUCGGCAACACUAGAUGGAAAUGGCGGCGGCCCCAUCUCUACUUUACUCGCCCUUGCAACCACCCGAUCGCCCUCGAGGACUGCCAACAUUAAUCACCCCAAGGACGACUAUUCCAUCUUGGAGACAGGGAUACUGGCGGCCGCGAUCGUAGACGCAAUGACGAACGCGCCGCCCCUUUCUACAACGACAUCCCCGCCUUCAAACACACUGCCCAGUGCCUCGUCUUCAAAUGUACCUCCGACAACAAGGAGCCCCCCUGAUAUCCGGAAACUCGCCCUGUUUUGGAACGUUGUGAUUGCGAUCUUCCAAAAAUUCGUCACGGCACUACCAACAGCCAUACGUACUGCCCCCCGUCAGCACUCCCACCGUGUGCAUGACCCUGUAUUCAACACCGUCGACUACUGAGAUUUCGCCGUCCCUGGCCAAUCAAAACCCCUGCAACAUUCAAUCAAGAACACCAACCUCCCCGACAGAUACGACCAACGCGUUCGUACCCACAACUGUAUCUCCGGCAACCACGACGCCUUCCCCCCCUGCCACCCCCAAGGCGUCCCCCGUCGCCGCUGGGGUCGUGCGCCUCCGAAACGCUUGUGGGGGAUCUCGGAAGCGCCAGCAGGAUCGAACUCCCAUCUGAUUUUGCGCUGGAAUUGCCCUUGUCUUUGGUGGGAAAUGUCACGUUUCGAGCAUCAAUGGAUCCAUCAAUUCCUGUGCUCACCACCACAACAUGUACUGUACGUUGAACUGUACACAUGUAUUUUGCACGGAUGUACUACGUAACGUUAGUAUAAUACGUAGUAAAUAGUUAGGGCCUGUUCCAAGUAGAUAUAUUUAGCAAAAUGGCAAAGUGGUUCCAAG